AUGCACGACGUACUUUCAGCCGUGGCAUCGCUCGCCUCAUGGCGCACGCUAGCUAUUAUCUUGGCCCUUGUCAAUUUGAAAAACCUUCCAUUCGGGUGGCACCUUCGCGUGCUGUACCACUUUUUGCGAAACUUGCGCUUCAAGCCCAAUGAUCCUUUCUUCCCAAAGGGCAAGGCCAUAAUAGACUCGCAUGGCCAGCCAACACAUCCCAUAUUCGUCCCAUGCAGCGUCAUGUCACGAACACCGUUGUUGGAGACGGAUUACAAUCUACACAAGUCUAAUAGCACGUAUUUUUCCGACUUGGAUAUUGCACGUACGGCGCUCGUUACUCGGAUUUACAGCCCUGGUGCUGGCAUUGUCAGCAAAGAGCUCGACCAAGAAUUCCGCGAGGCAAGCAAGAAGGAAGGCAAGAAAGCUCCAAGGUCCAAGCCUAUCAUGGUGGUGCUGGGUUCUGUGUAUUGCACCUUCAAGCGCGAGAUCAAACCUUUUGAACUAUACGAAAUGCAAUCCAAAAUCAUUUCGUGGGACAAGAAAUGGUUGUACAUCCAGACAACGUUCCUGCGGCCUGCGAAGAAGACCGGCGGCGAGAAAACGCUGCUGGCGAUAGGCCUGAGCAAGUAUGUUGUGAAGAAGGGCCGCCUGACUGUGUCGCCGGAGCGUAUUUUGCGUGCAGGUGGCUUCCUCCCAGAGCGCCCUGCGGAGACCGCUGCGGCUGACUCCUCUACAAGCGUUUCGGGGGUUGGAACGCCUGCCAGUGGGGAAGGAAUCGCUGCUAGUGGAGCUCUUGACGGGUCGUUGGCUCGUGAGGUGCUCAAGAUCAGUGAGAAACAGCUCCCCGACCGUGAGGCUCUUGAGCGAGAGAAGAAGACCAACUCAGAUUCAUGGAACGUCGAAGAGUGGACCUGGGAACGUAUUGAACAGGAACGAUUACGAGGCUUGCACGUGGUGGAGCCUUAUAUCAAUAUGGAUGUUCAGUUGGAGCACGAGGUGCACGGCAAAUAG